GAGCAUGGUAAAGACCAGAGGAAAGUUUGAGGAAAUAGGCUGUGUUGCUUGAAAAGGGAAAUGACUUACAGAUAGAAUUAUUGAUUAAAUUGACUAGAUUUAUGAUUUAAUUAAUAUUACUGAGAAACAUCUUCCAAAAAUUAACUUAUUUUAUGAACAGAAAUAGCCAGUGGACUUGAAAAUAUUUCUAAGGUUUAACCGAAGGAAACAUGCAUCUUUGGGAGUUUCAAUCGUUUGUAAUAAGUGUGUACAUCUUCUUGGUGGUUCCACCUAUUAUCCUAAGUGUAGGAAUUGUCGGCAAUGCAAUGGCGGCGGCAGUAUUACUGCAAAAGUCGAUGCGCUCUUCAACAUCCAGCAUGUACUUGAUCGCACUUGCCUUUGUGGACACAACGGUCCUCUUAACAGGAUUAGUUCGUGAAUGGAUAAAAUAUGGAAUCUUUGAGUAUCGUGAGCAUUUCGGCUACUGGACGUUGAAACCUUCUGAUGUCAGAGCAUAUACGGAUGCUGGCUGUAAGUUUCACAUGUUCAUACUCUAUACGACUAUCCAUAUAUCUGCAUGGCUGCUCGUAUGCCUUACGGUGGAGAGGGUCAUCGCUGUUUUCAUCCCCCACAAGGUAAAACUAAUUUGCACUCAUAAAGUUACCCUAGCCGCCAUUGGUAUCAUCUUUAUAGUUUGCAUCGCUCUGAAUUCACACUUCUUCGUCACAGUGAAGCUGGAUACGGAUAUCUACUCCGGUGUCCUUUGGUGUGGUGUAAACGGUGACAUGAACAGCGCGAAUGCCAGAUGGUAUAAAACUUAUCAUAUCAUCGAUGCAGUUGUCGCAUCGUAUGCUCCUUUUGUGAUUAUGCUAUCGGCGAAUCUACUGAUAAUAGGCAAGUUGAGGUUCAGCAAGUGCAAACGUGGCAAAAUGGUCAACAAUACUUCAUCGAAUGACUCGAAACUUAACACCAUGACAACGAUUCUUCUCACAAUUAAUUUUGUUUUCGUCGUUACCACCUCCCCAAUAGUCGUACUGAAGAAGUACUAUAGUGUAUGGUUCGAUGUUAACACGGAUGAGGGAGAAGCGGAUAAUGAACUGGCGUUUGCUAUCUGCAACAUGCUUUUCUAUCUGAACAGUGCGCUAAAUUUCUUUUUAUAUUGUAUCUCUGGACCAAGGUUUAGAGGAGAGUUUAUGGUCCUCAUGAGACGUUUGACAUCGUGUAGAAACUGAACCCCAUUGAACUACAGAGCCAGACACGUUGACGGUAGUCAUAUAAAAUAUGGUCUCCAAGAAAGCUCCCGCAAGUCAGUUUUGGACAAAACAAUUUUUAAGAACUAUUUUACAUAUGCACAAUUUUAUUCAAACAAAGAAUGUGAACUCAUCCACCAAGCGUCAACCAUAUUGGUCUAAGCUGUAUGUCAUGACAAUUUACUUAUUAACCUGUCAUUGUCCGCAUUCAUUGAUGGUUCUGAUACCGAUGCUAAGUCCGACGUUACGGGAUAGUUUCGGGCAACCGCCUCAUAAUAUGUGUAUAGACGUUUCUCUCUUGGAAGACAAGAUGGAUUUCAUGUCACUUAAUAAUAAUGAUUAAAGGCCUCAUAUAAAGUCUAAACAUUUUGGCGUAUCGUGUAGUCUUACCGAAUGUUAUUAAAAAUAAUUUGUGUUACUUCGCUAAAAUAUUAUAUGGCCAUUUAUUUCACUAUAAAAUGUUAAAAUAUUUGAAACUUUUUUUAAAAAUUCAAAGGUGGCUUUUCGGGGACCUUUGUUCAAAAAGCCGUGACUUUUUUUAAAAGUCACACCUAUCUUUUAAUAAGCGAUACUUCAAACCAACGCGCAGCAUUCAUCCUCACGUUUUUUUGAAAAAUAUGAAAAUCGGUUGAUAAAUAAGC